GCAGGAACUGGCCUGCCAACCCGACAAGCAGAGCUCCCACCCUGACUUGCUGGAAACAUGGACCUUGAAGCAUAUUUUCAAAGAAUUGGUUAUAAGAACUCUAGGAGCAAAUUGGACUUGGAAACUUUAACUGAAAUUCUUCAGCGCCAGAUUCAAACCAUUCCCUUUGAGAACCUUAACAUCCAUUGUGGAGAAUCCAUGGAGUUGGGCUUGGAGGUCAUUUUUGAUCAAAUUGUGAGGAAGAACCGGGGUGGGUGGUGUCUCCAGGCUAAUUAUCUUUUCAACUGGGCUCUGACCACAAUGGGGUUUGAGACUACAAUGUUAGGAGGAUAUGUCUAUAACACUCCAGCCCAAAGAUACAGCACGGGCAUGAUUCACCUUCUAGUACAGGUGACCCUCAAUGCCAAGAACUACAUUGUGGAUGCUUCAUUUGGUCGCUCCCACCAGAUAUGGGAGCCUCUGGAAUUGAUUUCUGGAAAGGACCAGCCUCAAGUGCCUUCCAUUUUCCGGCUGACAGAAGAGAAUGGAAUCUGGUACCUGGACCAAAUCAGAAGAGAGCAGUACAUCCCCAAUGAAGAAUUUAUUAAUUCUGACCUCCUUGAAAAUAGUAAAUACCGAAAAAUCUACUCCUUUACCCUUGAGCCUCGAACAAUUGAAGACUUUGAAUCUGUAAACACAUUUCUUCAGACGUCUCCAGCAUCUGUAUUUACAAGCAAGUCAUUUUGUUCCUUGCAGACACUAGAAGGAGUGUACUGCUUAGUGGGCACCACCCUCACCUAUAGGAAAUUCAAUUAUAAGGACAAUAUAGAUCUGGUGGAGUUUAAGGCAUUAAAAGAGGAAGAAAUAGAAGAAGUCUUGAAAACGAUAUUUGGUAUUUCUUUAGAGAAAAAACUUGUGCCUAGACAUGGUGAUCGAUUUUUUACAAUUUAGAAUAUGCAGCAGCAAUAGUCUUCCAUGUACUAUGUAUACUGGAACUUUUCAUUAUAUGAGUUUCAAACAUGUGCAAUUUUAAGUAAUAGAAUAAGUCUUAUGUACUCAUCAUCAACUUCAUCAAUGAUCAACUGGAUAUUUGAUUGUAUCUUCUUUAUCUCGGUAGUCUACUAUUUACCUAUAAAAAUGUCAGAAUAUACAUAAAUGACUUCCUAAAGAUCCAUAACCACAAACCUUUUCAAAACUGAACAUGUGAAAGUAUUGUAAUGAUGAUG